CAUACGAAAUCGCAUAGAUUUUAUUUUUCAUUUAUUAGAAAAAGAUGGUUACAUGAUAUUCUUAUCAAAUCAUAAUCACCGAAACAAGUGCAUCUGAAGAUAAUACUCACUCAAUUUAUUACCAAUAAUUAUGGUAGUUGACUCUAUGAAUUUAAUGCAGUAAAAUUCAGAAAAAUAGAAGGGACGGAUGAAAAAGUUGUGUGAAGGAUUUUGUUCACUAAAUUAUAAAAACAAAAAUUAUUAUAAAUGAAAAAUAUGGAGAAACUUAUUACUAUUAUUAUAGGGUUAAGAAUUAGGAAUAGGAUUGAGUGCCCUCGGUCAAACUUCAGAUUAGAUCCUAAAAAGUCGGGUCAGUGGGUCGUUUUACCAAUUUUUUUAAUUAACUUAUCUUAAUCAAUUCAAUAAACACUAUAAUAGGAGUAAUAUUCUGAAGAAUCUUUUCACAUUCCACAAGAUGCGAAAAAUAAAUCUAUACAGUGUACAUUUUAUAAAUCCAAAAAAAAAGCAGCACAAAUCACAUCACAUUAAAUUAAUCCGACUGACAAAAUCUCAGAUUAAUAAUUUUGUGUUUUCCCAAAUGGGCAAAUCCCAACUGAUUAAACUUCCACACAAUGCUGUCCGCUGACGGUUGCUUCACUAAAUCAGCACACACAAAUAGCCAAACGACGUCGCAUUUGAGCUAGCCGGAGAGAUGGCGGAGGAAGACGUCCACGGCGGCGGCGGCGGCGGAUUCGUGAGGGCGGAUCAGAUAGAUCUGAAGAGCAUCGACGAGCAGCUCAAUCGGCAUAUCACCAGAGCUCUGACCAUGGAGAAGAAGAAGCAGGAGAAUGGAGGGAAGCAGCAGCAGCAGCAGGAUGAAUCGAGGGAGAUUCCGGCGAGGCAAGAAUGGGAAAUCGACGCCUCGAAACUCGUGGUCAAAUCGGUGCUGGCGCGGGGCACUUUUGGCACCGUUCACCGCGGCGUUUACGACGGAGAGGAUGUUGCAGUAAAACUUCUCGACUGGGGGGAAGAAGGCCACCGGUCACAAGCUGAAGUAGCUUCCCUUCGAGCAGCUUUUGCACAAGAAGUUUCUGUAUGGCACAAGCUUGAUCAUCCAAAUGUUACAAAGUUUGUUGGAGCUACAUUUGGGUGGACAGAGCUGAACAUACAAAAAGACAGCGGCCAACUUGGAAUGGCGCGUAAUGUCUGCUGUGUCGUGGUUGAAUAUCUACCCGGAGGAACCCUUAAAAAUUUCCUCAUUAGAAAUAUAAGGACGAAACCUUGCUUUCAAGUUGUUAUUCAGCUAGCUUUGGAUCUUGCACGAGGCUUAAGCUAUCUUCACUCUCAGAAGAUCGUGCACAGGGAUGUGAAAACAGAGAACAUGCUUCUCGAUAAGAAGAGAACAAUCAAAAUUGCUGAUUUUGGUGUUGCACGUGUCGAGGCUUCAAAUCCUAACGAGAUGACUGGGGAGACUGGCACCCUCGGUUACAUGGCACCCGAGGUCCUCAAAUGGCCACCCCUACAAUAGGAAAUGCGA